AUGGGCUUUAGAAGUAGUAUGAAUUAUUACUACGCAGCAUUUCUUUGCAUCACAGUGCUCUUACCCGCAGCACUAUGCUACGGUGGAGACUACUCUAGAGCAACCUAUUAUGGCCGCCCUGAUUUCUUAGGGACACCAACUGGAGCUUGUGGGUUCGGUGAAUAUGGGAGAUUUGUCAACGAUGGUCGGGUUACUGGAGUGUCCAGGCUUUAUAGGGGUGGCUCUGGAUGUGGUGCAUGCUAUCGGGUAAGAUGCACCAUUCCAGAAGACUGUAGUGAAGAGGGAACAAGGGUAGUAGUGACUGACUAUGGUGAAGGAGACAAGACAGAUUUCAUCCUCAGUCAAGCUGCCUUCGAAAGUUUGGCUCGUCCUUACAAGGCUCAACAUCUUUUUGCCUACGGUGUAGUUGGUGUAGAAUUCAAGAGAGUUCCUUGUCUGUAUUAUCGAAGGUUUAUAUUCCUAGUCCUGCCACAGAGCAGGUACCCCGCAUAUUUGGCCAUUGUACCAUUGUACCAACCUGGUACUUUCGACAUUAUUGCUAUCGAAAUAUUCCAGGCGGAUCGCGGUGAAUGGAGGCCAAUGCGGAGGGCUUAUGGAACAGUAUUUGAUAUAACAGAUGCUCCAUUGGGUGUAAUAACCUUGAGGUACAAAUCUGUGGACUAUGGAGAUCCCGAGUCUUGGGUGCAAUUGAACGAAGUGAUCCCUAGUGACUGGAAAGCUGGACACGCGUAUGAGAUUGAGAUUCCAGCAUGAUAGUUUAAUCUCUCAGAAACUCAGGAUUAUCGUACGUAUGAUCCUUCUCUGCAGCCACAACUUAUGAGCUGCUUUUGGAGUAGUACGUAGUAUUGCUGUUGGAUGUU